AUGAAGCGCUUCUGCAUGAGUCUCAGCAGUGGCCUCCGGGUCUUCUCCCUUCGGGUUUUGGGAUUUGAAAUUGAUGCAGUGAACUCGGUCCAGUUUUCCAACCACACAGGCUACACCCACUGGAAGGGUCAAGUGCUGAACUCAGAUGAACUCCACGAGCUUUACGAGGGCCUGAAGCUGAACAAUGUGAACAAAUAUGAUUACGUGCUCACAGGGUACACAAGAGACACGUCAUUCCUGGCCACGGUGGUGGACAUCGUGCGGGAGUUGAAGCAGCAGAACCCCAGCCUCGUGUACGUGUGUGAUCCUGUGAUGGGUGACAAGAGGAACGGAGAAGGCUACAUGUACGUCCCGCGGGACCUCCUCCCAGUUUACAGAGAAAAAGUGGUGCCAGUCGCAGACAUCAUCACCCCCAACCAGUUCGAGGCCGAGUUACUGAGUGGCAGAAAGAUCCACAGCCAGGAAGAAGCGUUAGCGGUGAUGGACGUGCUGCACUCCAUGGGCCCAGACACGGUGGUCAUCACCAGCUCAGACCUGCCCUCCCCGCGGGGCAGUGACUACCUGAUCGCAUUGGGGAGCCAGAGGAUAAGGAGGCCUGACGGCUCCGUGGUGACAGAGCGCAUCCGGGUGGACAUGCUGAAGGUGGAUGCCGUUUUUGUGGGCACCGGGGAUCUCUUCGCCGCCAUGCUCCUGGCAUGGACACACAAGCAUCCCAACAAUCUCAAGGUAGCCUGUGAGAAGACCCUGUCAGCCAUGCACCACGUCCUGCAGAGGACCAUCCAGUGUGCAAAAGCCCAAGCAGGGGAAGGACAGAAGCCCAGUCCAGCCCACCUGGAGCUGCGGAUGGUCCAGAGCAAGAAGGACAUCGAAGACCCGGAGGUUGUCGUCCAGGCCACGGUGCUGUGAGGGCGCCGCGCACUGGCCCCCCACACAGCAUAUUGGUAUCUGUUUUCGUCCCUGUGAAAAAUGUAACGUCUGCCUUAGAGCCACGACCGAAACUUGACAUUUUUUUCUUUCAUGAGUGUGCAGCAUCAACAGGUCUUAAUUGUGAAAAUGUGCCAGUGUGCUUUUUAAAAAAUAACAAAACGAUCACAGAAAUUUGUGAUUUGAAAACCCAGCUCCCCUCCCCCAAGGCAUCUGGGCCUCAUGAGAACCAGACGGUGUUGACCGUCUCAGGGGUCCCACAUGGGUACGUGGUGGUGGGAGAGAGGCUGAGGGCGGGGCCUGCUGUCCCUCGGACCUGGUGUUGAGCCACUGGUUGCUGCUGCUGCUCCAUCCUUGCCCCGAGGGGCCGGGCCUGGGGGUAGCACCUGUGUCUUUGCACCUCUGAGAAGGAGAGCUGGGUUUAACCACUGACAUCCGGGAGAAUUAUGCCAAAUAUCUUUAUGUCGUUCUGAUUCUACACUCUGUGCUUCUGCAUCAGAAUUUUUGUUUCUUAACUUGCUGUUCAUUAGGAACCUGGGGAUUUCAGACCCUGCGCUGUUGUUUAACAUAUGGAAAGGUUUAAUAUUAGCUUGCUCAGGUGCACGCUGGUGCCGUGGUUACACUGGCAGGGACCUUUCCAGAGCCCAGCAAGUUCAAAUUGGUCUGCCAAACUUCACAGGUAGCAGCAGGAACUGCCGUAACUCACGAGCAUCUUCUACGCAUUUGCGGAGCACCGUGAGGGAGACACUGGUAAAAAAAAAAAAGGCUGAUGCUGGGCCAAGGACAGCUUGUGAAGUUCUGGACAAUGACCAUGUGGCAUUCCUUGUGGCACGUCACCUAAUUUGUGGCUUGGUAGGUUAAGUACUGCGGGCUUGCCACAUACUUCUGGUGAUAGUGCACUGCACCACAGCGUUGUGCACAGACAGGGACAGCAGACAGAGGUGGGCACUCUCCCCCUUCACUUGCAGAUUUAACCUUUCUUGCCCCUGCCCUCCCUCCACCCUCGGUACUACGUUCUCUGCCAGCCAAAGGGAGGCAGGAGGCCCCUUCACAAAGCCAGUUGCAGAUCUCCACCCCCUUGGAAGUUCUGCUCCCAGAGGGGAGGCUGUUGGCACAGUGGAGGGGCAGCUCUCAGACCCCUUGGGAAGGCUGGGACAGCAAAGGCCACAGUGCUAGCUCUGACACAGUCCAGCUGUCCACUGCUCAGGUGACUUUGCUGGUCCUACUUUGUUCCCAGUUUGGAGUACCCCUAGGCAUGGGUGCAGGUGGGGAUGCCUGCCUGGAUCUCAGCACCCCCAAUCCCUGCAUCUUGCUCCAGGGGGUGCAGAUGUUUGCUCUUCUGCAAACCCAUAGCCUGGAGAUAACAGAGAGGCUGCAAGAAGUAGGGAGCCUUAAGUGGCCCCCUGGGAAAGCAGACUCUCCAAGGGGUACCCCUGUCCCUUCCCCCGCAGGCGGGCCCUCUCUCAGAGCCUACACCCUCUGUUAACGCAGUUCCAGUAUCUCCCAGAAAGAUUCCCAUCUACUGGUGGUGCAUUCUUCAUUUUGUUGAAAAAUGCACUAAAAUGAAGAGGUGCUGGCCUACACUGCCUUUGCCACACCAUUCCACCUCCCAGGCUCCCCACUUCACUCCUAUUCCGGAUGUCCUAACUUCUGCAUCUCCCAGGCAGCUGUGCUCAGGGUCAGGGUUGGUUGGCUCCCCUGCCACAGCCAGCGAAUCAGGGCGUGGGUUUCCCUGCCGUGUUUCAUGGUCCGCAGACACGGAUGGCAGCUCCUCCACACCCCGGGGCCCGUGGUCCUUGCAGGAAGGAGGAAGACUGUGGCCAGUUGCCUGACAGAGAGGCAGCCUCUCCAACAGGCAAGCACAGGGGCCAGCCAAACUCAGGCUACAAGGCCUAUAGAGGACCCUUGACAGGAAAUACUGUCACAGCCAAGCAGAUUGCCAGCAACAGAAGAAGUUUUUUCCCCUUCUUUAUCAAGAGCAAGUGUGGGACUGGGGAAGGAAAUGCAUCUCUUUUCAAUGAGACCAUGAAAAACUCCCUGAAAAUGCAGCAUUGGUGUAGGGGCUGAUUCUGUGUGUGCAGCAGAUUCUAAGGACAAGGUGCCGUGUGAACAUGUGCUGCUCAAUUCUUCGUCCCGUAAAGGUUUCAUUUCAUAGGCUUUGUCCCCACGUUAGGGUUAUUCUUUGACUUUCUAUAUUAUGCGUAGAACGAUGAGGAUCAUUCCACCCUCAAGAGCGUCCUGUAAAAUCGUGAACUCUGGUCCAUUCUGAAACUUUCUCUUCUGUCUUCUGUGGCUGUACAGCCCUGAGGCAAGGAGUAGUUGUAGCUUGUCACGUGGCUAAGCAGGAGGGAUUUGGGGGUUUCUUUUAAUUUUUUGCGGCUAGCUGGUGCAGGGAUCUUAACCCAUUACCUUGGGGUUAUAAGGCUGUGCUUUAACCAACUGAGCUAACCAGCCAGCCAAUUUGGGGGUUUCUGAGUCCUGGUGCCUUUGUGGAGUGCGGGACUUAUGUAGAAAUAAUGUGAGUGUCUAUGAGAAGACAGUGCCCACAUCCCCCCUCCACAAGCCAGGUGUUCUUACACCAGGAUGUUGGUGGAGUCUGCACAGUCUUAGGCUUAUUUCCACGCAGACGUGUUCCAUCUCCAACUCGAGCAAUGGCCCUGGGCGAUCUUGGUUUACAGUUUCCCAUCCAGGAAGUUAACCAUGGACAUUGGCGAGGGUGUUUGAUACAACUUGUAUCCAAAUUAGAAUUAAUCUUUGUUUUUGAUUUCCAUAGUUUAGUGACAUGCAAAAUAAUAAUAAUAACUUAUUUUAUAAUGAAAGCAGUAUUAGCCCAGAAUUGCCUGCUGAUUGUCAGCGUACAGAAUUUUAAUACUUUCUUCAUCCAGUUUUUCAAAUCUUCUCUUGUAGACCUUAAGGAUGAAUUACAAAAUAUCCUUUUUUAAAUCAAUUUUAAAUCAUUGCCUGGUCCAGCUAGGGUAAUUGUGUGCAUCUAGUUAUUUUUGUAAUACAUGUCAUUUGUAAAAAUGAUGCUGAAUGUCCUAUUAAACUUGUUAGAGACAAUUUUUAAAAUGUUUAAUUUAUGGUGGACCAAGCCAGGCAUGUCUUUACUGCACCGAUGAGUAGAUAAGGAUUUUUUUAGUGUUGGGAACAGUGGGUAAAAAUGCUGCCUGCAUCCAGGCUUCCUGAGUCUAGGUAGAGCCACGUGGCACCAGACUCGCUGAAUGUUUUCAUUGCACCAUACAGCCCUCUGCAGGCCAGAGGUGCCUUCCCUUCCAGUUGUCCCACAUGGCUCCUUGCACUAAGACUCCCUGGAGAGCUGGCUCCCUUGUCCAUCCAAGGAGCAGGUUGGAUGGGUGCUGACCACCAGAGCCAAGUGGGCACUCAGAAGGACCCCAGGACCUGGGCAGGGUGGCUCUGGAAGGUCAGGCCUGCUGCCCAAAGGUCAAUCAUUAGCCCUAAGCCAGGGAAGCCUUGAACUUGGUCCCCAGGAUGUGGGUGGACAUCAUCCCCCCCAGGGCUCCCAGCAUGGUGGAGGAGGGCCCGUGCACAAGCGGUCUGGUAGAUUGGGCAGAGCUGGGCAUGUGUGUGUGUAUUGCAUGUCCGAGUUAUGGUCACUUUCUGCUGACAGGUGCAGCAUCUGACAGAGGCAGGUGCUGGCUGGCAGUCCAUUUCUUAUAGUCAGCACUGUGGUUUCUGCGCACUUCCCGCUCCUACCUGCAGGGGUUGCAGUGAGGCCAGAGGAGCCCAGGUGGUGGCGGGCUGUGGAGACCCCACCCUGUGCCCACCACCCUGGUACAUUAAACAUGAGCCUCCCUUCUAGGGGAUUUGUUUUUUCAGUAAGUCAGUCUUGCUCUGUUAGGCACAGAACCAGACUUUGUGCCUGCCUUACAGUGAGUGGUGGGCCGAGUGGUGUCUCCAUCUGCAGCGCCUGGUGGGGAUCGUGGUGGCACCAGAGCUGUCUUAAAGCUGGUGCCUGGGUGUCCUGCUACACAGCUGAGGUUUAGUUACUAAAGUUGGAGGCUUCCUGUUGUGUGUGUGUCUUGCUGAGUCUGCAGUUUAUUCCUGGUGCAGGAUGUUUUCUGUUCUUAAUGUGGGAGAAACUGAUUAAAAAACAGCAUCUUAUAAACCAGAGGUCUGCCUUCUGUUACAACACAGCGCAUUCAUUUGUUUAAAACAACUUAAUGAGUAACUUUAGAUCUGACUUAGUGAAUAAUUUAAAGCUUUAUAUUUAUGGAAAAUUUUUUCCUAGCUUUUUUUUUUUUAAUUCUGGAAGAAUAAAAGGUGUUUGAAAAGUGUCCCCACUGUCUGAGGCACACAGGGCCCUGUCCUCAGAGCGGGAGGCCUUAGCUUCCAUCUCUGACCCUGCAUGGGGUAAACCUUGCUGGGGGACCUCCAGCCUCUGCUCUGGUCCCUUCCCCAAUCCACUGUGGGGCAGUUCCUGAUCUUUAUGCACCAGGAAACCCAUUUCCAGUGGGAAAUGUUGUCAGGAGGCCAUGGGGCCACUCACCCCGCCAGUGGGGCGUCACUGCCCUGCAAGUCACUUCUGAAAUGGAAAGCAAGGGCAAGCCCUUGGCCCAGCAGAAUUGGGUGGGUGGGAAUGAGGAGAGACAAUGCCGCCCUGAGCCCCCAUGCUUGGGAAGCCCCCACACAGCCUUAGUGUGGUGAGACAACUUCUCCUAAGUAAAGCCAUGGGUCCAGCCUUACUCGCGUGUUCCCAGGGCUGGCCGUCUCCAGGACACCCGUGGAAGCGCCCUCCUCCUGGCUUAGAGCUGAGUGGCCAAGUUGGCAGUGUUUGGAGCCACUCGAGUUACUUUCUGUCCCAGGACCAGCUCCUGGCAUGAGGAGGGUGGGACUGUGGCUGGUGGGACAAAAAAGAGCAAUCGGUGGGCUCAGCAGACCCUCCCAACAUGUCCCCAAGAGUGACAGGAGCAGGGAGCAAACCUCAGAGCUCAAGUCCAAGUAACCACAAGGUGUCUGAUGCUGUGUUGUUGAUGACAGGAGGGGUGGAGGUUAAUGUUUUUGGAAACAGAUUUGAGUGCUAGAUGAAGUCUCUGAAGGACAAGACGUGAGUGACGUUUUGAAUGCUUUAACUCUAUAGCUGCAUAAUUCCUAAUUUAGAACUUCAGUCAGAAUUUCAUCCAAAUAUUGCAAAACUGGAUCAACGGGAGGACUGAGGUCCUGGCCCGGUUCCUGCCUUGGAAGCAGCUUGGCUUCUUGGGGGCAUCUCAGCCUUUGGGACACAGCAUGUGUCACCCACGGUCCCUGCUGCCAAGCAAGGGACCAUCUCUGAGGUCCUGGGGGCAGCUUCAUUAGCCCAGAGUCCUCCAGGCCUGUGUUCUGUGCUGCGUGAUGUGUUUGUAAACAUCAGUAACUGUCAGCAUUGUGUAGCCAUGUCUGUUUUGUGCUGGUCCUGUUGACCUCUGUGAUUAUCCACAAAUAAAUAUUUUCAUGGUGA